UUGAUUAACUGAUACCAUAACGGUGUGUUUGCUACUUUUUUAACGUUUACUAUAAAUGAUGAUAAAUCAGUCAAUGAUUUCUCAAUCAUCUUGAUGAUGACGUUUUAGACGAAGUUGUAAUUGUGUAUUAUUUUUACCGCGAGCCGCACUUUCGACUCGAUAACAAAGCGCGUCAUCAGCGGAAAGGGAGAAAACACCGUCAUUACCAGCUGAUUACAGUGGAACUACAAGAAAUAUUGACCAAAGAAGUCUCAACAGAUACACAGUAUAACUUUAUUGCUUGGAAACCAGAAUCAGAAUUGCAAUAUGGAGCAGUUGGUAGACAUCAAAACAUCAUCAUCAAAGAAUCUGGAUCAGAAAUGUCCCAUCUUUUUAUCAUCGGACAGCAAUGAAUCAUUUCAAAGGAACAGAAAAGUCGAUUUAUCCCCAUCUGAAUUUGUCAAGGAGAUUUCCAACAAUGACAAGCUUAUAAUCGACUAUUAUGAUGCCCUUCAGUAUAUCUUGUAUCAAACAAACUACCCUGAAACGGAAGAUAGGACGGCUGUUCCUAGAACCUCCCUCCCUGAAUCUGGAAUAUCUAUUGUCGUCUUGGCGUCACCGGUUGAAUGCAUGGCCAUUUUACUAGAAGGCGGUCGGAAAUGUCCCGGAGAUAUGCUUCUUGUCUUGUCAAAGUCCUGGAUUACACUCAGUCCAAGUGACCUGGACCCAUCAUUGAACAGUUUAUUUGUCCACAAGGCCAUAUCUUUCGAUAAGGGUGGGAGGUCGUUCAUCGAUGUUUUUGAUCCACCCAGGCGUGUCACAUACUUCGUGAAUUUCUUCACUAAUGCCAUUACAGGGGGACAGAAUGCAGAGGGUGAGGAUUUGGAGGUCAACCUUGAGUGUCCAAUGUCAAGUUCAAUGAAGCUAGUCAGAAGAACAGAUGACAAAUUGUGGACGCGAAUCAUCAUGGGAAAAGCAGGCAUUGCCUAUCCCGAGACCCUUGCCUUUGGUUAUCAAAUUCCAUACAAGUACACGGUACCAGAGGAUGCCAAAAUCAAAAUCGUUGGACUUUCACUCAAGGAAGGAGUUGAUAACGUUAUUCAGGAUGAAAUUGUCUCAUACCUUAACAGCCUAAGUGAACGAGUUACAAAGGUUGUUGUGAAACCGUCCGGAAUAAAGUGGAAUGGAUGUAAAGGCGUCUCAUUCCAUGACAGAGAGGAAGUUAAGAGCAUCUGCGACGCAGCCAUUUCUCUUCUCUGGUAUUUAGAACCUGGGGAUGGUAUUUUGCUGGAAGAUUUCUGUGACCCAUCUGAUGAAGAUAUGGAAAUGAAAGAUUAUUCUUUCCGAAUUCGAGCAAAUGUCUGUCGAGCUCCUGGUGAGGUACCAAUCACAACCACUCUUGUUUGUGGAGUCGGGAUGAAAGACGGACCAGUCGGAGGCUGUAAUUCCAAUCCUCAGUCCCUGGAGACCACUCUCAUUCAAUGGAACCUUCAAGAGUCAACGGAAGAAAUCAAAGAAAUGUUGAUACAAGGAUCAGAAAGAAUUCUUAGUGGCAUAAUUGACCAUGAAAACGCUCUGUCAGUAUUCGAAAAAGGAGGCAUUGGAGCACAAACAAACAUUAUAGGUAUUGAUUACUUUCUGAGCAAAAGAGGCGAGAAAUAUGUUCCUGUUGGAAUAGAGGUCAACUCCCAUGACUGUAUUAGAUGCUGUCAACGUUAUGAGUUCAUCAACCCUUCUUCAGCAGGCAAGUCUGUCUGGCCACUGGUAGAAACCAUGAUUGAGAGGUCACAAGCAUUCAUGCUGAGGAGAAAGACCAUUCUCGUACUGGGUCUGGGUGCUAUCUGCAGAAAGCUUGUUUUGGAGGCUGUCAUCGAAGAAAAAUUCAAGAUUGCUCUCAUUGACACAAUUGAAGACAAUUCCACUCCUUGUGUAAGUAAAUACAUUCAGUACAAUUUUUCUGACCACACACAAGAUGACCUACAUGCCGACAGCAUCGUCAAAAUUCUCCAAAAGCAGAACAUCGACGUUAACGGAUGCUGUACAUUUCUGGAGGAAUGCACACUUCUUGCCGCCAUGAUUAACAAGAAACUGGGUUGUUUAGGCGCUGGUGUUAAGGGUGUAGCGAUGGUUAAGAAGAAACCUGAGAUAGAACAGGUUUUAUCGAGAUGUGUUGGGGAUAUCUCUCACUUUCCAAAAGCAUACUUGUACGUAGAGAGAAGCGCUAUUAUCGACAACAUUGCUAGUCUAUCGUCUGCUGUCGCAGAAGUCGGCCUACCAUGUGUGUUGAAACUGGAGUGUGGACCAAGGACUGUUUGCACGGAAAUCUGCCAGAAUCUUGCUGAAUGUUCCCAAGCAUUCAACGACUUACAAAACAAAAUGAGCCAACGUUUGGAUUCUAGCGUGGUAGCCGUUAGGUAUAUCAAGGGAACCGUGCACAGCGUGGACUUGGUCGUCUUUAGAAGGAAACUCGUAGCAGCCUUCGUAGUGGACAAUGGUUCCACUCGGCCAGGGUCUUUUACAGAAACUGCUGCUUGCAUGCCAUCUUGUCUCAGUUCAGAUAAAGUGGGUCAGCUGGUGACAGCAGCUUAUCAAUGCUGCACGGAGAUUGGGUUGGAGAAUGGCGUUUUUAACGUGGAGAUGAAGAUGACUCCAAUGGGUCCAAAACUGAUCAAAAUCAAUGCCAGAAUGGGUGCAUUCUACUAUAGAAACUGGAUCCUGAAAUGCUACGGAGUGGACAUGGUCAAGUAUGUUUUCAUGAUAGCCAGUGGGAUAAAGCCGAUUCCUCCGAAACUCAAUCCUUCUUGUCAUAUCAUGGGUGUGGUAUUUGAUCCAUCCACACACGCAGAUGUUCUUGAUAGUCAGAAAUUCAGGAAUGCAAUGGAACAUAUCAAAGGACAAAAUGAUGUCAUUCUCACUGCUGAUAAAGACCUCAGAAAUCCAAGUUUUGCUGUCUCUAAUACAAACCAAGAAGAGCCGAUGUGUAGUGUUGCCGUCUGCACUGAAAGUAGGGUAUCUGCCAAAGAGAAACUGCUGUCUCUGUGCAUUACUCUGGGUGUCGGUAGCCCAGAGUACAAUGUUCAACAUCUGAUCUCGGACUUCCGUUGAUAUUUAAAGCAUUUAAGGUGGUAUAGGACACCUCCAAAUCGUUACGUAUUUCCUAUCGAAAUAGUAUAAUCAAGUAUAAUUCUAUAAAUGU